GGCGGAGCUAGGCGAGCACGCGCUUGUGUUUGAAAUUCUUUAACCUCACACUUAUCCUAAACGUUAGCGGUCCCCCAAACCUGAUUGGUCAAAGGAAAGGUCCCAAGGAAGACUGAAGCAUGUGAGAACAGAAAGUGCCCUUUCUCUGUUCCUAUGCUGAGAAUCUAAGCCAGGGCCUCAGGUGUGCAGGUCAGUGCUACACCCUGAGCUACACCUCAGCCCAACCCAUCUAACUGAAUGCACAGAUGUUCCAAAACCCAUGGAACCAAGACCUGUCACUGGAUAUAAGGAAAAUGUACCCCCAAAGACUGUGGCUGUUCUGAGGCCAGAGCUGAAGAGACCCUGAAGAAACCUGGACAUCAGCCUGGGAUUGGAGGAGGCCAGAGGAUGCCCAUGGGCCAGGUCACCACACACUCCCAAGACUCAGUGCUAUGCCAGAAGCCCUACCAAGUCCAAAGUAACCUAGCCAGCCCACGUCCCCGCCUGGCCCUUGCCCUGAAGGACACUGCUGGCCGACUAGGUGACACAGGGCUCUGGCAACAGAGUAAUCUACAGCUGCCAACAGGGAGGUCCCAGGGGAGGACCCGAGAGCCUUCUGUACAGCAGAGUAACCUGUGCUUCCGAGGGACCACUAGCCCUCAUCUGCAAAACAGCUGCCUGCCACCAACUGGCCCAUCCUCCCACCAGAAGCAGACACUCCAGGUCGCAGACACCUUCUUGAGUCUCCCUGGGGGCUUGGCACCUCUUGAUGGGUGCACAUGGCCUGGUCCCAGGUCCUGGUGUGGCUCAGGGAGCUGGGCCCCCAGGCUUGUGGGGGAACCUCUCACCUUGGAGGAUCUGUCUAUCUCUGCCCACAGUCAGUCUCAGGCUUCAUCCCCUUCCUCCUGCAGUACUGCCGACUGGCUGCUGGACUCCAUCCAACACCUAGAACCUGAGGCCACCAGUUUAGGGAACCAGAUAUCCUGGGAGCACCCAGGCCUUACCCAGAGUGGACCCCACACCCGUGGUAACCAGUCAACUCCUGCCCAACCUUGGCCCAGCCACUCUAGGGAAUGUAUAAGCUUCCUGGAGACUCUGGGGGUCCAAGCUAGACUCUCUGAGUCCCCUAUAUAUAAGCCCCUGUCACGUGAGACCACUCUGGGAACACUGGCUGGGGUUCUCUCUGACUCAGACCAGGAGGUUCUACCUACCCGGCACCUUGGGACAAGAGAGAGGGGUCCCCGAGGCUUUCUAUGUAACAAGAGGCACAGAGGGCACUUCAGUGUCACCCUUGAGGCGGGCAGCAAAGAGACCAGACUUGAAUCUACAAGGGUCUUCAGUGUCCAGCCUGGCAAAGCAGGAAGAGAGAAGACCCCACAGGGACAAACAGGCAGGGAUGGGGAGAGGACGGCCUCCUGCCUGUCAAAUACAGCCCCGGCUCACAGCACUCUGCAGGAUAAGGCUCAAAGCACUGUGACCCUGGACUCCCAGGCUGCUUGCUGGAAGCUGCUGUCCAAAAGUUUCAGAGUCUGGAGGUACUUGUCACAGAGACUCCAGGCAGUGGCUAAGGCCACAGCUAUGAGACAUAGGCAGCUGAUUGGAGAGAGCCCCAGAGAACUGCGUUGGGCCCCAUGGCUCCAGGAGACCCGGCUGGAGGCAGCUUGGGGUCAGCAUGCGAAGGCUCUUCUAGCCUGGAGCUUCCGAGAGUGGAGAUGUGUCACUUUGCAGCAGAAACUGGAGCAAGCUCAUACCCAGGCUGCGCCAACAUUCCUUGCUCCUAGGGGGAGCCUUUCCUUGGAAAGAAAAGCAGCCACAGAUCUUGCCUGGAGAUGCAGGGACAAGUGCUUUAGGGCCUGGCUACGGUUCGUGCAAAGAGGGGCCCAGUGCAGAAGACAUCUGGCCCACCGAAGAGUGAGGACCUUAAGGGUAUGCCUGGGACGGUGGGUGGAGAUGAAGCUCCAGGGCUCAGAUGUGACGGAGGUGACUCAGUUGGCCCUCUACUGGCAGAAGGCAGGGAACGAGGUUCUCAGCAGCUUAGUCCCAGGAACUUCCAUGGUCCCUGGCCUGGAGACAGAGGCCCAGGUCCAACAGCCAUACAAGGGGCCAGAUCUGUGCUCCCUGUGGGAAAUGUGCCAGAAGUUGGCCCUGUACCGGGCCCUGCUGCUCUGGAGGACACGACUCUACCAACACCAGCAAGCUGUCUCCUCCUUUCAGGGCAUGCAGAAGCGGGUUCUGCAGCACAUCCUGAGCCAGUGGCACUUGAGGGUCUGGGGUCCAGACCCUCCCUCAAGCGACAUGAAGGCCAGGUUACCCCUGGAGGCACAGGGCAGUAGCCCAAGAUGGGAGGCCUGGCUGGACUGCAGAACUUCAGGAGGGGCGCUGGAGAAGCGCUCUCCUCAGCUGGAGCCACUGGACUGCAGCUCAAGGAGCCUGGGAAGACCUAGUUGCUCACUGAGCCUGGAUCAGAGCGUCGGGGCUGUGAUGGGUCUGUGCAGGCAGCGGCUGACGCACUCGUGGACAGUGCAGGAGAGUCCAGGAGCGAGGCCAGGGACUGGUGCGAGUGGCCCUGAGCCACCAGCUCUCCUGCUGACAGAGGGAGCCAAGGACUGGGCGGGGACACCUGGGAGAGGAGAAGGCCAGGGUUCCUUAGUGACACUCUGAGUUCCAGACCCAUCUCAGAGCCCAGGAUUGGAUCAUGGAGGGUACACCCAGGAGCGGGUCUCUGCUUUCUCAUCUUUGACUGUGUGGAUCUUGAACAAGCCACUUAAGCACUCUCAGUCUGUGCUAGGCCAUUGUAAACCAGGAAUAAGACUGUGCUCUCUUUACAAAGUGCCUGUGGGGAUCCUGUCAGACAGUCCACAGCAAACUCUGGGCCGGAGCAUCAGCACCUCCCUCCUCUUCGCCUGUCACCUUUGCCUUGCCUGGCCUCCAGGUGUUGCUGGCCUAAGGUCGAGGAAGACAGAGUCCUGGUGCUCUCAGGGCCAUGAUGCCAAUAGGCUUGCGGAGCAAGCAGCCUGGGAGAGGAGCCUGUGUGGGAAAAGAAGGGGUUGAACCCCCCUAGCUUCCCAGAUUCCUAAUCCUUUGUCCUCAGUUUGACCCCAGCCAAGUUGCAGUCACAUCUCCAGGAGGCGCCCACCCCUUCCUGAGCAACAAAUAACACCAACAUUUUCUGUAACUAAUUAACUUCAGUUCUGGGGAUAGAAUCCAGCGCUCUGGUCUACCACCGAGCCACACUACAGCCCCUAUUACAGUUUUGUCUUAAUUAAUUAGUUAAUUAGUGGGUUGUGUGUGUGCUGCAGCUCUCGUGUGGAAGUCAGUUCUCUCUAUCACGUGCAUGACUCCAGGGGACUAAACUCAGAUUGCCAGGUUAUACUUUUAAACCACAGACCUUUAGCAUUUCAUGGUGUCAAUGGAGCAAGAGGGAGUCAGAUGGCUUAGGGGACCCCUCUGUCUCUCUCUCUCCCAACGGACUGCCCAGUGAGGGGGUCACCUAGGGCUGGAGCUACAUCUGAAAGCUCUGUGGGGGGCUAGGCACCCACUUCUAAGUUCCUUUGUGAGGGUCCUGGUAAGUCUCACCACAGAGCGUCUGCAGAACCCACUUAUUCAAGGUGAGUGACUGAAGAGGUGGUAGAGCAUGUCCAAUCAGAAGCUCCUCUCUCUGUCUCUCUCUGUCUCUCUCUCUCUGUCUCUCUCUAUCUCUCUCUGUCUCUAUCUCUCUCUCUAUCUCUUUCUCUGUCUCUCUCUCUGUCUCUCUCUGUCUCUCUCUCUCUGUCUCUCUCUGUCUCUCUGUCUCUCUCUGUCUCUCUCUCUGUCUCCUGUCUCUCUGUGUCUCUCUCUCUGUCUCCUGUCUCUCUGUGUCUCUGUCUCUGUCUCUGUCUCUGUCUCUGUCUCUCUCUUUCUCUCUCCACCAGAAGAGGACACGAGAUCCCAGUGUUGGCUGUGAGGUACCAUGUAGUUGCUGGGAUUUGAACUCAGGACCUGUGGAAGAGCACACAGUGCUCUUAACCACUGAGCCAUCUCUCCAGCCCAAAGCUCCUGUCUCUUUACAACCUAAUCCUGUAUUUUUACUUAUUGAAUCAUCUUGCUGGUUCGUUGGCAGCCAUCUUCAAUGUCCUGUACGCCCACCGGUCGCAGCAGUGAGCUGUUAGGCAGGUUUGACCGUCUUAGGCAGCUGGUGUCCUGCCCACUGGAGACAGCUGCUUCUCUAGCCCCAUACUUGUCUGUUAGGGAUGAACGGCAAAUCUUCUGGUUUUAAAAGGGAGAUCUGGGAGCUGGAGAGAUGGCUUAGGGGUUAAGAGCACUGGCUGCUCUUCUAGAGGUCCUGAGUUCAAAUCCCAGCAACCACAUGGUGGCUCACAACCAUCUGUAAUGGGAUCUGAUUACUUUGUCUGGUGUGUGUGAAGACAGCUACAGUGUACUUAUAUAUAAUAAAUAAAAUAAAUCUUUUUAAAAAGAGAGAAAUCAGAAUCUAAAUUUAAAUAUAUAUAUUUAUUUUCUUUUUAAUUGUGUAUGCGUAUGUGUAUUUGUGUGAAUGUAUGCCAUAGACAUUCGUUCUGGUGCCCACAGAGGCUAGUGGCAUCAGAUCCCUGAAGCUGGAGUUAGAGGCAGUUAUAAGCCACUUGAUGUGGGUGCUGGGAACGGAACUCAGGCCUGUGGAAAACUAAUACAUGCUCUUAUGCAGAGCCAUCUCUGCAGCCCCUGGAAAUCUAGAUUUAAAGUUUAUUUUCUUAUUGUUUGUUUGAAAACAGGGUCUCUUGUGGCCUCCUCCAGUUUGUUGUGCAGCUGACAGAGGGUAACUUUGAACCCUCGAUCCUCCUACACCCACCUUUCACGUGCUGGGAUUAUAGGUCCUGGGACACCAGGCCUGGAUUGUGCAAUGCUGGCGAUCGAAGCCAAGCCUUUAUACACAGGAGGCAAAGCACGUGCUUUUGUAACAGAGCUAUAUACCCAGCCCCUAGAUUUUCAAAACUCUGAAUUCCUCUAAUGUCUAAGCACUGUCAAAAUCUUCAACAAAACAUCUGGGGAUGCCAUCCGCUGGGGAGUGUGGGUUUAGCGAGGGCCGCAUUCUGCGUUCAGUCCCCAGCACCAAGAAAAACAAAACAAAACAGAGUCUCAGCUCCCUGAAUACAGUACCUGGUGGCCAAGAGCAUUUUAGCCAGGCAGAUAGAGUAUAGGGCAAAGGGCAGGCUGAGCAGGGUACAGGGAAGAGGCUGGGGGGUCCCCAGUGGCUCUCCAUCUCUCUGGCCCCAGGGCAGCAGUUUCUCCAUAAACAGUACCAGAGGUGGGGGCAAGUCCGCAUCCAGGUUCUUCAGCAGGUUGUGUCUAGGGACUGGCAGCAGGCUGUAGCUGAGAUGACUUCAGAGGUAGGGCCUUGAGGGAUAGGAGGGGUCUGCUUGUCACCCGGGAAAGGCAGGGAGCCCAGGGCAUGAAGAGCUCUGGGGAUUCUGACUAGAGGAGGUGAUGUGGAGACCUGAGCCAGAGGCGGUGGUCAGCAGCCUCUGGUCACUUUUCAGGUUGGUAACAAGCCUCACAGUUCACCUCCUGAGCAGGCCAGGCCUGUGACCUCCACAGGCCAGUGAAGGUGACAGAGGUAGGUGUUUCCUUUAGCUAUGAGGAGGUCCAGGCCCUCAGUCCUCUUAAAGUGGCCAGAGUGGGGUGAAAUCUAUAGCUCAGGCUGGCCUCCCACUCCCUGUGGUUAGGCAAGGAUAGCUUGAUCUUCCUGCCUCUAUAUAAGAUAUGUUGGGCAGAUGCUGCCAUGCCCAGUUUAUUUGGCGCUAGGGAUUGGAACCCAGACUUUGUGCUAGGGAUUGAACUGCAGGCUUUGUGCAUGUGAGGAAAGCACUUUACCAACUGAGUUAGAUUCCCAGCCUUGCAAGGUCUUCAAGCCUGGGCUAGCCUCAGAAACCCCCCUAUUUCAGUGCUGGGAUCACAAACAUAUCUGCAGGGGUUGUUUUGAAUAAACACACACACACACACACACACACACACACACACACACACACACACACACACACACACACACACACACCACGGUCAUUUCCAGUCCCGGUGUGACCAUGUGAGGGACACAGGAGUGUCCGAGGACCAGCAUGAAGACUUCCAGGACAGCCUGAGAAGAGACCUGGGGGCCAUGCCUGAUAGCUCGCAGGAGACCUGCAGAGCAAGGACCCUGGCGCGGGACCAGCUUGUGGCCUUUGUCCUGGACUGGAGAAGCUCUGUGCAGCAGAGUGGAGUUGUCAGGCAGCUGGAGGACCCAGGCCCAACAGGCUUUCAUGGUGUGGUGUGUCACCCUAGGGCAGUGCCAUGAGGCCCAGCAACAGGCAGGAAGGAGAGCUCAAGUCUUGACCUCGGUCCAGGUGGCCCCGUGCUGGACCCUGUGGAUGUCCCAGUCCUGCCUAAGCGGGGUCCACCAAGCUCAUGCUGCCUAGCAACUGACAACCAGGUGAGUGCCUGAGGCCGGAGGGCAACCAGCUUAGGUUUUUGGUAACGGCUGUUGAGUGGCCGAGUGGUGCCUGAGUGUCUGGCUGUCAGGAGGAGAGAGAGACAUCCUGAUGUUUGGAGCGGAUCCCAAUUCUGUCACUUUCUAGUGUGACCCAUCCUUGGAAAAGCUCCUGACUUUAACCGCCUUGCCUUGGGGCCUGGGCAAGUGUGCGCGUGCACCCUACAGGAGAGGUGGGCAACACUCUGGCAUUUGACAGGGGAGAGGACAGAAUGUAGCUGUUAGGGCUGCCCUCUCUGUCUCUUGAAACAGGACAGUUGCCUCUGCUGCGUGAUAUUUUACCCCUUUCUGGUCCUUCUCAUGCAUGUUUGGUGAGGUAUCCAGACUAGGGAUGGGAGGGCCAGGACUGAGCAUUUGUUUUUUUUGCAGAGUCCUUGAAUCCUAGCUCUUAUAGGAUCCUCCCUUGUCUCUAGGGUCCCAGAGGUCUGGAUGCAGUUAGCAGCCCAGGUGAAAGACCCCCUCCCAGAAAGGGAAUUGUACAAGCCCAAGGCCCUCAACUAUAGAAGUAAAAAGUAAGUUUUUAGAUAUGUGGGACAAGCUGACCCAUCAUUUAGACGAAACAGACCAGAAAAGAAAACAAAAUGUAGAAACCAGACUAAAUUAUGGGCAUUGCUCCAUGGGCCACCUGGCAGGGAAAAAGAAACAGUCCCUGACCCCCCAGGAGACCCGACCACCAUGUACUUUUCGCUAACUCAUUGUUAUGAUUAUAGCCAAAAUAGGUAACAUACACGUAUGUUUCAUUUACUCCACCAAUCACAUCCCUGUAACUAUGCAUCUGCUUCUGUAAGCCUGCUUCUGCUCCCCAAAAUACUAUAAAAAGCCCACCCUGGCUCUGUUAGGCGCGCCAGUCUUCCAAAUCGACUGGGACGCCCACAGAUACCUGUGUAUCCUGAUCAAUAAAAAUCCUCUUGCAGAUUGCAGCCGGUGGACUCGGACUGGUCAUUGGGGCUUGAGGAUCUCCCUCCUGAGGGAAGAUUCUCUCUGAGAGUCUUACAUAUGGGGGCUCGUCCGGGAUCGGAGAUCCUCUGCCUAGAGACCACCGACCAUCCACCGGGAGGUAAGCUGGCCAGCAUUUGUCUUGUCCUGUCUUGUCUUGCUUUGUGACUUGUUCUGUAAAUGCUUAGUUACUUGGCUUGGGUCUAGACCGUUUGUAUUUGGGCGGGCCAGAGAAGGAGCUGACGAGCUCGGACUUCUCCCCCGCAGCCCUGGAAGACGUUCCAAGGGUGUUUGGAGCCUGGUUUUUCGGGGCUCAGCCUGUAUCGGAAGGAUACGUGGUUUUGGGUUGGAGGAGAGAGGAGAGAGCCAGAUCCACUGAAGGAUCUGGACCCUCGUCGCCUCUGUCUGAAUUUUUGGUUUCAGUUUGACACCGAAGCCGCGCGGUGCGUCUGUCUGUCUGACUGUUGGAAUUGUUUGUCUUCUUUGUGUCCUAAUUUUCUUUGAAUAUCUGUGGAAAUUGGUUAUAGGAUGCUUUGUCUUGGUCUUGUUUGUCUGGGUUGUUUUCUGUGGUAUUGUCCAGUGUCUUUUUGACUUUUGUUUCGUUUUUGGACUUUGGAUAGACGACUGUGUUUAAAAUCUUGGACUGACGACUGUGUUUGAAAUCAUGAAACUAUUUGCUUUGUUUGUCAAGGAGUUUUACUUGGUCCUCUUGGUGCUUAACUUGGAAAUAAUUUGCUUGAGAAAAAUUGUUUUCUGCCGGGGAGUUUUAUCUUUCUCUCUUGAGCCUCCUCCCCAAGGAGAGAUGCCCCUCCCUUUGCUCCCCUUGUCUAGUCUAGCUGCUGUUAACAGUUGUGUAUGAAGAACUCCAGGUUAGUGAGUGACCCUGUCUGAAGCAGGUAUUAACAAGAGCCUGAAGGGACAGCACAGAGUAGGAAAAUGUAGGGGCUGAGGGUGACAAGCAUGCAGGCCUGCUAGCAAGCUGCAGGCUGCGCGUGGGCAGUGGCGCAGCUCUGGCCAAGUCAGCAUAAGAGGAGUUUCAAGGUGAUGAGGCCGGCUGGCUUUGACAACAAAAAGAUAGGUAUAGAGUUAGUGGUUGUUUUAUGAGACUUUUGGCCCUGAAAUAAUAUAUAAUUCCAGUUGCUGCCUUCAGUGACCAGACCUUCAACACUUGCUCACAGAAGGAGAGUGUUCAUUAAGAGAAGUUCUUUAAGGGAGCCUGCUAUAUCUGCUGGCCCUAUUCCAAGAGAGGAGUUGAUCUCCAACAUUAAGUAACCUUCCCUGUUAGUCAUCAUUGACAUGGAGAGUGCCUUUGAUCCUAUCCCCUCAGCAGCCAGUUCCUGCCCCUGUGGUCAAAAUGCCCCAGGUUGGGGGACAGAGAAGCCCCUGAGAUAGUUUCAGAGGGAAUCUACAACAAACUGUGAUGAACUUUGUUUUGCCAGUCAAAAUUUAGAAUUCAGGCUUUGGCUGUGGCCAAGGUCAGGAUUAAUGUUUUCUUUUCCAUGGACCUUUAGCCCACUGAGACAGUUUGGUAAAGGGCUGCUACUGAGGUCCUGAAAGUCCCAGGUGAACUGGUUACAAUUCUUUUGUCAGCCACUUGGCAUCUAGCACCCAGGUCCUAACCAUCUCUCCAUCCUUUUGUUAUUAGUUCUUAAGUCCAGAGAGAUAGUCGGUAACAGAUCAGCUCCCUCUCUGCUUGCCGUUCUGUUUCACAGACACAAAGCUUGUGCUUAUUUUUACAACGGCCUUUUUAUCCCAAAAAGUCCUCCUGGUUUAGCUGUAUGACUAAAUGCUAUUUGUCCUCUUCAGUGAACCUCUAUUCUCUAGAUUCUCUUCUUGUUUUCUCACAUCCCAUUUGAGAUGCUUGUUAGUAACUGUUACAGGUCUUCUUUACCACUGAGGAAAGACGGAAUCCUACUGGAGGCCAGAAAGAAUGUUCCAGACAUGGAUGGAAGACCCUCACUCCUGACUGUUGACUUGAAUACCCCUGAAGGUAGGGAGUGCUCCAGGUCUGCCACCAGGCUCCAAGGGUGGGUCUCUGAGGGGCUGGAAAAUGCCCCACCAAUCUGGCUAAGAUAAGGAAAAGAUAUAAAGAGAGAAAGUUACAGAAAUUUAAAGGGUUAAGCUAAGUUGCUGAGAGUUAGUGUAAGUUGCAGAGAAAGUAAGUGUAGUUACAUAAGUGGACAGCAUCUAAUAGCUGUAGAGGAAGAUGCAGAAGAUAUGAGAGAGAGACUGAGGAAGAGAAAGAGGAAAGAAGGUAAAAAGAGCAGGAAGCUAAGGAAGAAAAGAGACAAAAGGAAGAAGAAGCUAGAGAGCUAAAGAGAGAUAAAAGAUAGGAGAGGAAUAUAUACUGGCCACAGUAGUUAGGGAACCUAGGAAGACAGUACCUGGCAACAGAAGAGAAUUCCUAGCUAAAGAUCAGUGUGCCUAUCGCAAGGAAAAAGGACACUGGGUCAGGGACUGCCCCAGAAAGAACAAGAGGGGCCUCUCCAGCAGCCUGGAAGGCAAGCCUCUUGGUCCUAGAGUGCUGGCUAUGCACUAAGAUAGAAGGGAAGCCUGCCCAGUUGUUUUGUGAAUACGGGGGCCCAACACUCUGUGCUCCUACGCCCAAAUGGGCUAGUGUCCAGCAAAAGACCUUGAGUACAGGGGACUACCGGCAACAAAUGAUACUCAUGGACUACCUGAAGAACGGUGGACCUUGGCGUGGGCCGGGUAUCCCACUUGUUCCUUGUGAUUCCAGACUGCCCCUACGAGUCUAAACCCUGCAACCCUGCUCCCGGACCCCGACCUAGACACCCCCCUUCAUGACUGUCAACAGGAGCUCACUAAAGCACAGGAGUGGCAUAAAGAUCAGACUGAUCAGCCAACAGAGGGGGUAGAUGCCAUCUGGUUCAUAGAUGGGAGCAGCUUCUUAGAGAAGGAAAAAAGAUGGGCUGGGGCAGCAGUGGUAGAUGGAAACAGAGUCAUUUGGGCUCAGGCCCUACCAGAAGGCACCUCUACUCAGAGGGUAGAGCUCGCUCCCCUCACCAAAGCCCUUGGGCUGAGAAAGGGACUUAACAUCUAUGUGGACAGCAUGUACGUAUGCCUUUGCUACAGCCCAUCAGCAGAGGGGCCUGCUGACAUCUGAGGGCAAGAAAAAAAAGAGAUUCUGGCUCUGUUAAGGGACCUACAUGACCCAGCCAGGCCGAGGAAGAGACUCUGGUACACCUCAAUGAGAAAGAAGAUCCUGCUACAAUUUUUACAGGCAGAGGCCAUGGUCUCAAGUAUCUCGUGGAACAGAUAGUGCACUGAUGUAUACCAUGCCAAAAGGUAACUGUUUUCAGGAAAGUUGACUGUGGUAGGAGGCUCCGUGGGGAACGGCCUGGAUACUACUGAGAAGUGGACUUCACAAAGAUAAAACCAGGAAAAUAUGAUUUCAAAUGUCUCCUAGUGUUUAUAGAUAUCUCUUCGGGAAUAGAUAGAAGCUUUCCCCACCAAGCAAGAGAUGGCCUCAAUAGUCAUCAAGAAGAUACUAGAAGAAAUCUUCCACAGGUCUGGAGUGCCCAAGGUAAUCUGGUCAGACAACAGCCCUACUUUCGUUGUCAAGGUAAGCCAGGGUGUGGCCAGGUAUUUAGAGGUCAAUUAAAAAUUAUAUUACAUCUACAGACCUCAAAGUUCAGGACAGAUAGAGAGAAUAAAUAAGACUCUAAAAGAGACCCUGACCAAAUUGACCAUGGAGACUGGCGUAGACUGGGUGACACUCCUUCCCUCUUGCUCUCUUCAGAGCAAGAAAUACCCCUUCCAGAGUCAGCUUUACCCCCUUUGAGAUCUUAUAUGGGGCCUCAGCUCCCCUGACUAUAUUAGAUGAUGUUACUGAACCAGCAUGUCAUAAUAAUAAUGAUUUGUAUGCCAGGCUAAAAGACCUACAGGUGAUACAGAAAGAAAUCUGCUCACAGCUGACAGCAGCCUAUGCCCCGGAGACCCCUGAGACAUGUCAUCAGUUCCAGGUCGGAGACUACAGCUACACUGAACCCAGACACUCGAGCCUCACUGGAAAGGACCAUACCUGGUGCUGCUGACCACCCUGACAGCCGUCAAUUCUCAGCCCUCACCAGCAGCGUACUAGCUGUUGGGGCUGAGAGCUGGGACCUAGAGGGACACUCAGUUCUUCAAAAAGCUCCCUAGACUUAAGUGACUGGGAGGUUGCUAUAAUGCUCACUUGAGGAGUGUGUUUUAGAAACAAGAAUUUCAUGUUUGCCUGUUUGCCCUGGGUUCCCUCGGAAUAGGUGUAGGGAUAGGCUUGAUUUUUAUUGCAAAUGAUGUAAUAUUACAUAUAUUAGUACUCCUAACACUUCUUGGGACUGUGCCUCAGGGAUCACAACCUAUAUAAGUUUAAAAGUUCUAAAAGACCUUGGUAUAUAGGUUCAGAUAGUGUCCAGAUUAGACCUGAUAUUCCUUAAAGAAAGAGUCUGUGUGCUACACUAAAAGAAGAAUGUUGUUUCUAUACAGAUCAGACAGGAAUAAUAAGAGAUAUAGUCUUUCAGUUAUUCAAACUUUUGUGCUGAGACAACAGUAUCAGAUGGUGAAACAACAAAAAAACAGAGGUACCUUAACCAAGUUGAGUGGAAGAUUCCACUCAAGGACAAAAAGAAAAUGGGGGAAUGAAAGACCCCCUCCCAGAAAGGGAAUUGUACAAGCCCAAGGCCCUCAACUAUAGAAGUAAAAAGUAAGUUUUUAGAUAUGUGGGACAAGCUGACCCAUCAUUUAGACGAAACAGACCAGAAAAGAAAACAAAAUGUAGAAACCAGACUAAAUUAUGGGCAUUGCUCCAUGGGCCACCUGGCAGGGAAAAAGAAACAGUCCCUGACCCCCCAGGAGACCCGACCACCAUGUACUUUUCACUAACUCAUUGUUAUGAUUAUAGCCAAAAUAGGUAACAUACACGUAUGUUUCAUUUACUCCACCAAUCACAUCCCUGUAACUAUGCAUCUGCUUCUGUAAGCCUGCUUCUGCUCCCCAAAAUACUAUAAAAAGCCCACCCUGGCUCUGUUAGGCGCGCCAGUCUUCCAAAUCGACUGGGACGCCCACAGAUACCUGUGUAUCCUGAUCAAUAAAAAUCCUCUUGCAGAUUGCA